AUGGGAAUAUUCCAUAGUUUUUCAUCUGUGUUUUACGGUGCAGGAGAACGUCAACGAAUCACUGACAAUGUUUUACUUGUAUCACCAUCACAGAAGAAAGGAAAACGGUAUUUAAGAACAAACAGUCAUCAAUUAUCAAACAAUUUUUUCCUUGGAGGAAAACAAUUUAAAUUUAAUUUACGUCCUUAUACGUGUUUAUUUAACGAUGAUUGUUUAAUUAAUCAAUCUCAUCCAAUUGAAUUUCAGCUCUCAAAACCUUCGCGUACUAUAGAACCUAUACAAGCAAUAAAAUGUCAGUUAGCUAUCCGUCGUGAUACAUUAAAAUUAAUUCAUUUAUAUGAUGAUUGGUAUACUAUCGAAUUUUUGUUCGAUUGUGAAACACCAGUCCAGAUUUAUAUCUAUUUUUUUUCUCAUGAAUCAUUGAAUCAGGGACUCAAAUACACAUGUUGUACAAAAACAUCAGAUAUAUUUAAACAGUAUUAUUCAUUUACAUUUAAUAGAGGUUAUCAGCAAUUAUUUUCGAAAAAAAAUGUACGAUUUACAAUAUCAGUUAUGAAAAAAAGUUUUUGUUCAACGCCCACAAUACCGAUCGUCAUUAUUUGCCGCUCAAUGGAUUAUGAUAUGUCAAAUAUCAUACAUUCACCAACGACAGAUUUAUCAUCAAAUCAUUCAAAUGACUCAACAUCAUUUGACCAACAAUAUCAUAUUGUUUCAGCUACCGUUAAAUUUUUAAACGAUGAUAAUAAAACACCAAGAUCAUCAGCAGUUUUAACUGUUUUACAACAAAAGCAUGUUGUCAACGGUAUUUUAUUUGAAUUAUAUGAAAUUUAUGGUGUUGAAAAUACCCGAUCAUCAUCAGAUAAAAAGAUAAAAUUACUCGAUACUGUGGAAAGAAGAAAAUCUCUAUCAAGAAAACAAAAUGAUUAUAAAGGAGAUGAUCUAUGUAUUAAACAAUUGGAUGGCAAUGAAUUACAGCAUCAUGUUUCCGGUACUAAUGAAAAUCAUGAUCGUAUUACUACUACCGCCUCUUCGAGUAACAAAAGAAAAUUAUCUCGUACACAAAUUUCAAAUACUGCCCAUAAUGAAAUCGAUGUAUUGAACGAUAAUGUCAAACAUAAUUAUAAAAUUAAAGAAUUUUCAUCUCUACGUCAAUCACCAUCUUCAUCAAUUGCAUCAUCUUGUCUGGAUUUAUCAAAAUCAACAAAAUAUGCAUGUGUCAUAUGUUUAUGUGAAUUUCGAAAUACACUAAUAUUACCGUGUAAACAUUUGGCCAUUUGUAAUGUAUGUGGAGAAAAUUUAAGAUUUCAAUCAAAUUCUUGUCCUAUUUGUCGAUUACCGUUUCGUGCAUUAUUACAAUUGAAUACAUUAAAAGCAAAAAGAAGUAUAUUAAAACAACAAACUCAUAUGUAUGAGAGUACAUCCAUUGUAAAUGCAUUGAAUUUAUCAUCAUGUUCUCGUGUAAUGCACAAAAAUGACAAUGAAUCAUCAUCAAAUAAUUUUUUAAUAAAAAAUAAAAUUGGAAAUUUUUGUCAUGGCUCAAUACGUUGGGAAUCAAUGGUUGAUGAACCAGAUUUAGUUCAUUUAAAUCAUACAGAUUUAAAACAAUUUUGUCAAAUACAAAGGUCAUUUGAAGAAAUAAAUGAAACUGUGUAA